CAUAACUCACAAGGAAAAGCAGAGUAUAAGAAGAUAGGAAAGGCGGUAUCGCUAUUGCAUCAUCAUCAUUCAUUACCCCUAACUCUAGUCUUUUCUCUCCAUUUUGGGGUCAACUUUAACCAUCUCCAAAUGGGUUCCAAAAGUGCAAUGAAUCUAGCACUCUCCUCUACCUUUCUUCUUGUCCUUUUGGUUGGUUUUGCAAGCUCAGACAUAGAGCAAGACAAAGCAGAGUGCACCAACAAGCUCAUUGCUCUAGCUAAUUGCCUUCCCUAUGUUGGUGGCCAAUCCAAAAUCCCUACCGUAGAUUGCUGCACUGGAGUCAAAGAGGUUGUUGAUAAGAGCAAGAGAUGCCUCUGUAUCCUCAUCAAAGAUCAUGAUGAUCCCAACCUUGGCAUAGAAAUCAAUGUUCCUCUUGCUCUCAAGUUACCAGGUGUUUGUAAAUCACCAACCAAUAUAACUCAGUGUGUUGAUAUUUUGCAUCUGGCACCUAAGUCUAAAGAAGCUAAAUUAUUUGAGGGAUAUGACAAAGCCGCGACUCAAAACAGUACUUCCACCGCAGUUCCCAGUGAUAGUGACAGCGCUGCUCAUGCUAGCAAUGGAACAAGCACAAGCACUAAAGAUAAGAACAGUGGAGGCUGGGGGAAGAGAUGGUUGGUAGUGGAGGUGCUAUGUGUGAUUUUUCCAUUUGUUUUCAUCUCCCACAUCCUUCUAGUCUGAACCAUUAUCAAGAUGUCAAGUUUCAAGAGUAGGAUGAUGUAUUGGUAUUUAUGCCUAUUUAUUUCAAAGUUUCCUAACAUAUCACAUUUUGGUGAAUGCAAUUAAUUCCUGUAAUAUUUUAAAUUUAGAACUAGGUGUUGAAUUGUCUUUUUCUCUGAUUUCGAGUGUACCCAUCUUGAGUUGUCUGUGUGAUUAAUUUUCCAACUAUUGGAUUCAUAAGGGACCCAUUAUGAGA